AUGACCUCAGGACUGUUGGGCAGCAUCAAAUCGCUUGUACAACAGCCUCUGUCAGAUACGAGUGGCCACAGCAGAUCCGCGGGGUUCGAGGACACAAAGAUGGGCCAACAUCCACAAAGCGUUCCAGACUGGGACAAUCUCAAGGUCAUUCACAAGAAUACUCUCCCGCCCAGGGCCAACUUCUACCUCUACGAUAGUGAGAAGGAUGCCUUGACACGAGACACUACUAAAGCCAGAACCCACUGUCUUUCCGGAAAAUGGAAGUUCCAUCUCGCCAACAGCCCGUUCGAAGCACCGCCUGGCUUCGAGACCUCAUCCUUCGACGCAUCGAAAUGGAGCAAUAUCACAGUACCAGGGAUGUGGCAACUUCAAAACUUCGGUAAAGGGCCUCACUACACAAACGUGCAAUACCCUUUCCAAGUCGACCCGCCACACCCUCCCUAUACGGACAAUGAAUGUGGUUCUUACGUUACCCGCUUCCGCGUACCGAAGCAUCUAGAGAAUGAUCAGUUGAGGCUACGAUUCGAGGGCGUGGAUUCUGCGUUUCAUGUUUGGGUUAAUGGACAGGAGGUGGGGUAUAGUCAGGGUUCGCGGAAUCCCUCUGAGUUUGAUGUUACGGAAUUCUGUCAGGUGGGAGAGGAGAAUGUGUUGGCUGUUAGGGUCUAUCAGUUCUGUGAUGGGAGCUAUAUUGAGGAUCAGGAUCAAUGGUGGUUGAGUGGGAUCUUCAGGGACGUGUUCCUGCUUGGAAUGCCGAAGAAGGUGCAUCUUGAGAAUUUCACUGUGCAGACUGUGCUUGAUGAGCAGUAUCGCGAUGCUACGUUCAAUGUGGACGUCGAGACCUCGGGGGGUUGUAAGGUGGGAAUAAAGCUUCUUGAUGCAGAGCGUCGGGUUGUUGUAGAUGCUACGAAAACUGUUAGUGAGGACAAAAGAUCAAGUGCUGACUUCAGCAUUGCCGUCGACAAUCCGGAGAAGUGGACAGCUGAGACGCCCUACCUCUAUACCCUCGUCAUCUCGCUAGAUGACGAUCAAUUCACGACUCAGCGGGUUGGCUUUCGUCAAGUGGAAAUCAAGGACGGACUCCUGAAGGUCAAUGGGGAGCGCAUCGUGAUAAAAGGAGCGAACCGGCAUGAACACCACCCUGAGUCUGGCCGCACAAUACCGUACGAGUUUAUGAAGCACGAUUUGCUACUCAUGAAGACUCACAACAUCAACGCCAUACGGACGUGUCACCAGCCUAACGAUCCGCGGAUGUAUGAGCUUGCAGACGAGCUUGGGUUCUGGGUCUGUGACGAAGCGGAUCUUGAGUGCCAUGGCUUCGAGACAAUAGAGGACAAAGCUCUCCCUGAGGACAAACGUAAGCUGCCCUUUGCGGAACGCCAAAGGAUCACUCGAGAUGAUGCCGCAAAAUGGACUAGCGAUAACCCAGACUGGAAAGAUGCCUACGUCGAUCGAGCCAAGCAGCUCGUACAUCGGGAUAAGAAUCACCCUUGCGUUGUUAUAUGGUCUCUAGGCAACGAAGCGUUCUAUGGCCGCAACCAUACCGCGAUGCGUGACUGGAUCAAAUCCGAGGACUCUACGAGACCUAUACACUACGAGCCGGAUCAGGAUGCCGAACAUAUGGACAUGUACUCGCGCAUGUAUCCUCAAAUCUCUGAGAUCAUCGACCUAGCCGAGAAUGAGUGUAAGAAGAAGCAGAAGCCACUCGUGCUCUGCGAGUAUGUCCAUGCCAUGGGCACUGGUCCUGGAAACGGGAAAGAGUACCAAGACGCUUUUUAUAAGUAUCCUCAUCUACAAGGCGGCUGGGUAUGGGAAUGGGCGAACCACGGACUGCUCACCAAGACUGCGGACGGCACCCCUUAUUAUGGUUAUGGUGGUGAUUUUGAGGAUGUGCCUAAUGAUGGGACAUUUGUGAUGGAUGGAGUAUUGCAGUCGGACCAUUCGCCAAAUAGUGGGUUGGUUGAGUAUAAGAAGACUGUUGAGCCUGUACAGAUGCUGGACGGUGAUGGUGAGAAGGUCAAUAUCAUCAAUAGGUUCGACUUUGCGACGCUUGAUGGACUGAAGUGUGUCUGGUCUGUUGUGUGUGAGAAGGGUGCCGUGGGCGAUGUGGGAGGCGAGCUGGGGUUGCCGAAGGGAAUUGAACCUGGUUGCUCGGCUACGUUGACUCUGCCUAAGGUAGAUGCCAAGAUUGACGGCGAGACGUAUAUGUUGCUGAGCUUCAGACUGAAGGAAGACACGCUCUGGGCGAAGGCAGGCCACGAGGUCGCCUGGUGUCAGACUCAGCUGUCACCAAUCUCAAAGCCGCAAGCCGCAAAGCUUGAAACAGGCGAGCCACUCAAGACGAGCGUGAAGGCGACUACGCUUUUGAUCGCAAACAACAAGAGCGAAUGGACGGUGGACAUUGCACGCGGUACUUUGAUAGGAUGGAAGAAGCACGGCAAGGAGAUUGUGUCGCAGCCCCUUGUCCCAACCUUCUAUCGUGCUCUCACAGACAACGACAUUCCACAAGACGGCCGGGAAUGGAAGGAAGCUUUCCUACAUCUUGCAAAUACACAGACACGAAGCGUAAAAUGGCAAGAAUCUGAGGGUGCAGUGACUGUCGACAUGGAACAAAGGUUCGCGCCACCAGUCCUCUCCUGGUCAAUCGACCUCACCACUCGCUACACCUUCGGCUCCGAAGGUUCGGUCCAGAUCCAUAUUAAAGGUGAACCCAAGGGCAAGAACCUGCCCAAAACACUCCCCUGCAUUGGUGUCACGCUCGGCUUAUCGCCCUCGCUGAAGAAAGCCGAAUGGUUCGGCCGUGGGCCAGGCGAGUCCUACAAAGAUAUGAAGCUCUCGCAGAAGAUUAGCCGUCAUGUUGUACAGAGCGUUAGCGCCCUAUGGACUGGGCCCGAGUAUCCGCAGGAUUGCUCACAGCGCACAGACGUUCGGUGGGUACGAUUCUCUGAACUGGCAGGCACGAAAUCCUCUAUCACAGCGGAGUUCCUUGAGCCAGGCGAGCCUUCUCGGCCGACGACCUUUGAUUUCUUGGCUUCUCACUUCGAUGUCAAAGACAUCGAUGAGGCGGGACAUCAAUAUGAGCUGGAGAAGACAGCGCAGGAGGACGUGAUUGUGAGACUCACUGCUGACCACCACGGUCUGGGCACUGGGUCGUGCGGGCCCAAGACAUUACCUCAAUAUGCACUGAAGGCUGAACCAUUCGAGUUCCGUGUAUUGCUCAGCUAG